AUCCACUUCAUUCUUUACAAAUCUGAACCAUUAUGUCUCCAGCUACCUGCCAGCCUGUUGACUUCCCAGUGAUGACAACCCAACAGACUUCAACAAUAAUUACUGCGUAUAACUAUCCAACUCUUGGUACCGGUGGUAGCUCUUUAUCGGCGGAAUACGUGGCGGCGUCAAGAGAUGCCAUCCAGUGUGUUGACUCUACACCAGUGCAUUUUCCAUUGACCACAGAGGAGUUGUUUCUACAGCUAGACAGCAGCACGACAAGGUGCAGCCUUCAGUUCACCACCGACUCCCCGGACAAGACUGUUGACCUCAGUUUUGUCCCUGUGCUGUAUGACGCGUCCUUUCUCAACGUGACGGAGUUUACUCUUGAACUUUUGGAUGGAAGUGACAGCUUCAUCAACAGUAGUGACGUCAAUCAACAACCGUUCCGACGUUUCCAGUCCUCUCACAGCUCAGUGACCUUGACCUAUAACAAGCUGGAGGUCGAAGAAGGAAUCCCUCCAAGGAUCUUUGCCUGGCUCAGGGCGCGAGCUCGUUUACCAGGUGCGACUUUUCCUUAA